AUGAUCGCAUGUGUUGCUAGGAGGUUGGCAGAGUUGAAGAACGUCAUCGUGACGUCACCGAUCAACGAAAUCGAACAGUUCACCACUAAGCAAGAUGUCAAGGGAACCAUACUGGAUACAAGCGGUUUGAACGUGGGGGCAUCGAACCUGGUAGGACAGAACAUCAACCACUCCUGCCACCCAAACGACAACCGCAGCUCUUCAAACAUCAGAGGGAGGGUCAUGCUGACGAGCGGCACGAAUACAAGCGGAGUCUACAGGUUCAAACUGAGAGAAGAUAGGUACGUGUUCGUGCAGACGAAAAGUCAGCUCUUCAAAAAUCCCGCCAAUCCCAAACUCGAUUUCAUCAUGUCCACUCACUCCAUCGUCCGAGAAUGCCUGGAUGACGCAGAGUUGAAUGGAUCCGCCUCCUCCAGUCUCGUAAAAGCCAUCAUUGGAAACAGCAAACAGAAAGAUAGUUUGGCACUACAUGACAACAACAACAACAACAACGACCUCUCUAUCUUCCACCAACAACAAUCUCACCAAGAUGUCAACAACAGCAACAACAACAUGCCCCAACAACAACAACAACAUUGGGGGCGCGGUGGCAGAGGUCGUGCAGGCAGCAGCAGCAGCAACCACAACGGUGGCUCUCACAACGACUUCAAAUCAACAUCUACUUCAACGUCAACAACAUCGUACCCCGUGAGAGGGCGCGGCAGGGGUGAAAGGUUAAGUUCAAGGCCGGUAGGUCGGCCAAGGUUACAUCCGGGUGGUUUUGUUGCAUCUCGCUUGCACGCUCAACUUUCUAAGGUCGAACAGUUGAAGCAGCAGCAAUCGCAGCCUAAUUUUCAACCGAAAACGCCGUCGUCAGCCGCUAACAGCAGCGGCUGCCUGUCACGUGACGGAUGUACGCUUUCCCUCUGCUUGAACAAUCAUCAACGUCGUCGUCGUCGUCAGCAACACCAACAGCCACAACACCAACAGCCACAACAUCAACAGCCGCAACAUCAACAGCUACAACAUCAACAACCACUACAUCAACAACAUCAUCAGCAUCAGCAACAGUUGUUGCUGUCAAAAUCAACUUCGGCAUCUUUGAAUGACGUCAACAGCAUGACCUCACCCAUGGAGUCGGUCAACUGUAAAAGUAGUGAGAAUAGUUUGAACUUUGAUCAGAAGAACAUGUUUGCAUAUGCCGGCAACAACAACAACAACAACAACUUUAUAAACAACAACAAUUAUAUAAACAACAACAUUAACCACAACAACAACAACAAUAAUAGAGACAACAAACUUAACAGAUGUGACAGCAAGUCAAGUGCCAAUUUUAAUCAGAGCAUGUUUAAGCAGCAAACCAACAACAACAACAACAACAACAACAACUUCGUACACAACAACAACAUCCUCGAGAACAAUCUCGACAACAACAACAACAAUAAUGAUGAUUUCCUUGCGGCGACUGAUCCAUCUUUCCUCGACGAAUUGUUGGCGGAACACUCUGACGUCACAGCCACCAACAACAACAUUUUGUCAAAAGGAAGUUUCAACAUCAUAGGUUGCAAUAACGAGGGGCUGUUGAGUUUUGAAAAUCUGUCUAAAAUCAACAACAACGGAAAGAACACAGCGUUUGGAAAUUUCAAUGUUGACUUCUGCAAUCGCAACAAUAGCAACAACAACAGCAACAUCCACAACAACAACAUUGGUAAUAUUACCAGCCAUGACAUCAACAUCAACAAUAAUGACUUCGCCCACAAUAACAGUAAUAACAGCAACAGCAAUGACAACAAUAACAACAACAACAACAACAAUAAUAAUAACAAUAAUAAUAAUAAUUGCGAUGACGUCAACCUCGAUCUAUCAUCACU